ACUUUCAAUCUCGAUUCCAAUCCAUCCUUCUUUCUCUUACUCUCUUUUUUUUUCGUCGAUAUCGAAUAUCGAAUAUCGAAUAUCGAAUAUCGGAUAUCCCUUGUAUCCGCCUACUUUCUUUAAAUCAGACUAAGACGUUGAACGUCUUUGGUCAAUUUACACCGACCAAUCUUCACAGGUCAUUACUAGUCCAAGCGACCAAAUCAAACCUUUGCUUCGCCUUUCCUUGACAUCUUCCUUAUAUUUAUCUCAUCUAUUCUAUAUACCAAAUCUACUCAUCUACUUCAUCUACUCCAUCUACUUCAGUCAACAAGGUUUUGACUUCGUUCAUCUUUCAUCUCUUCCCACGUUUUUAUCUCCCUGUCGACCAAUCUAGAACGCUCAUUUCUUUUUUCGAACCUCCCUCACCCAUAUCAAGUGCCAAGAUGCACUACACUCCUCUUCUCUUACCUCUCCUCUCUUUCUCCCUUACCGUCUCCGCCGACGCCUUCACCAGACACCCUAGAAAACACGCAUUGGAAAUUGCUAAAAUUCGCCACGAAAUCCAAGAGAAUCGUGAUGCUCGUGAUUAUCGCAUACCCGCGUCUAGGUCUGCAAAUGGUAAACGGUUGGUGAGGAAGAAACGUGCAGUUUGUCAAGUUUCUUUCCCGAAUAACACCAUUUCUACAUCUUCUUCAGCUACGUAUCCAGACAUCACUUCGACUAGUACUUUAGGACAAAACGGUUGGGCUCAUGGAUCAUCAACUAAAACUUCAUCCGCUCGACCAUCCGCUACUAGUCAUAGUAACUCUAAUUCAGAUUGGACAUUGGUCAAAACUCACUCUGGUAAUAGUUUCUUCGACGAAUGGGACUUUUGGCAAUGGGAUGAUCCUACGCACGGGACAGUCUCUUUCCAAAGUGCCGAUGCCGCUUGGUCUCAAGGUUUGGUAUCCGUAAAUGGGAACGGUCAUGCUAUGAUGAAAGUCGAUACUACUCAGAAUGUUCAAGGUGGAAGGAAAGCUAUUCGUAUCACUACCCAACGAGCCUUCACAGGUGGUAUGGUCCUGAUGGACGCUUAUCACAUGCCGACAGGUUGUGGUACUUGGCCUGCAUGGUGGCAAAACGGUCCCAACUGGCCGAACGGAGGUGAAAUCGAUAUCCUAGAAGGAGUAAACGCUUUCACUCAAAAUCAAGUUUCACUUCAUACCGGUUCAGGAUGUAAAAUGCCAAACAACCUAAACAAUAAUCAACUCGGUUCUUUGACAACGGGUGGGUUUGACUCGUACAACUGCGCAUCGUACGAGACUUCGAAUCAAGGUUGUGGUGUUAGAGAUGGUACCAAUGAUAAUUCUUAUGGGACUGGGUUUAAUAAUGUCAAUGGGGGUGUAUAUGCUAUGGUAUGGGACAAAGCAGGUAUCAAAGUUUGGUGGUUCCCUCGUUCCUCCAUCCCCUCCGAUAUAACAAACGAAACUCCCGAUCCAUCAGGUUGGGGUACACCAGUGGCCAACUUUGUGUCGGAUCAAUGUGAUCCUUACACUUAUUUCUACGAUCAUGUCAAUAUCUUCGAUACCACUUUAUGUGGUGAUUGGGCAGGUGCGGAUAGCGUUUGGAAUUAUGCUGGAUAUGCAGGUCAAGGACAAAGUUGCGCUUCUAUAACUGGUUAUAGUACUUGUUCCGAUUUCGUGCUCAAUUCGGGCUCUUCUUUUAAUGAGGCUUAUUGGGAGAUUGCCUAUGUCAAGUAUUUCAACUCGACUAGUCAAGUUUGAACCCUCUCUUCAUUUGAUGAAUUUCGACGCCCAAUUGAUCCAUUUCGAAACACGUUUCUAUUUCUCAAGUUUUUUGUUCUCAGCUUAUUGUUUUCUUUUGUCCACUGGUUCUCGUCUAUCCGAUGAACCCAUUCAAGUUUUACCAUCGAGUCUUUCGAUUACCCUCCUACUCUUCUACCCUUUAUUCUUGAGAUAACCCUCACUCUUGAUCUCCUUUAUAACCGUCUUACCCUCGAUUCUCUUGAAUCAACCAACCCUUGUCACUCUGUUUAACCAACACCCGAAGUCGGAAGUCGAUUGUUUCCCAGGAGGAAACAUUUCGACCCUAGGAACGUGUAGGAUUACUCAGUCGUUUGGAAAAUUGGUACUUCUUUUUCGUCGUUGAUGCGCUGUUUGCUCAAGGAAGGGCGGGCGUUUGUAGAUAGGAUGCAUGGAUUUUCUUGUCUUG